CUUUCUUUUCUUUCGAAAUUACUCCAACAUGGGUAUUUCUCGCGAUUCAUUUCAUAAAAGACGGGCCACUGGUGGUAAGAAAGCUCAAAUUCGCAAGAAGCGAAAGUAUGAAUUAGGUCGUCCACCAACUAAUACAAAGAUUGGAGCUCAACGCAUCCACUUUGUAAGAACUCGAGGUGGUAACCGUAAGUUCCGUGCUCUUCGUUUGGAAACCGGAAAUUUCGCAUGGGCUUCACAAGCAACUGCACGCAAAACUCGUAUUCUUGAUGUUGUUUACAACGCAUCAAACAAUGAGUUGGUUCGUACGAAGACAUUGGUGAAGAACUGUAUCAUUACCAUCGAUGCCACACCAUUCAAACAGUUCUAUGAAUCACAUUACUUACUUCCAUUGGGACGUAAGAAGGACGGCAAACAACAACAACUUGCUGAAGGUGAGGAAGAUCCGCUCUUAAAGAAACGCGGAAAGGAUGCACUCAAAAAAUAUGAAGCCAGACAAAAGUUUGCAAAAGUUGAAACAGCUCUUGAAGAACAAUUCUUGCAAGGACGUUUAUUAGCAAGCAUUUCAUCUCGUCCAGGACAAUGCGGUCGUGCUGAUGGAUACCUUCUUGAAGGCAAGGAACUCGAGUUCUACAUUAAGAAGAUUAAAUCCAAGAAAUCCAAGUAAAAAAUGAAACAAUUUUCCGAAAUGCUGUAACAGAAAUACCUUGUGAAUUAAAGCAUUUCUUAAAUAAAGAAAUCAACAACAUAAAUUAA